AUGGAAUAUUUAUCCUUAAACUAUGCAACUCUUUCCAAUGUAUUGUCUGCUUAUCCUACUAUUCAAGAUGACAAAUUAGAACAAGUUUUAGAUGAUUAUAAGAAAGAAGAACUUAACGAAAUUGAAGCUUAUAUGGCAGAUAGUCAAAAAGAAUAUGAGGAGAAAGCUGAUCUUUUACCUCUCAACUACAAUCCAUAG